CCUCUCCUCUGCCGGACCGCACGCCUCAUCGCACCCAGCAUACGCGAUAUCAAGUACGACUUUGGAGAGCGCAAGCAAAGCCCGGAGUAGUCGCGCCACACGCAGGAAAGGGGCCAAGACGAAGACUUGCAAGCAUGACGCAUCAAGCACAUCCCUCUUCAGGUUCAUUGGGCAGCAUACAAGCGGGCAGCGGUGCGGAUUAUGCGCCUCCUGGACAAGGAGGCAACACCAGACCUCACAUCGAUGCCAAAAAGAAGCUCGUCGUGGUGGGAGAUGGUGGAGCUGGAAAGACGAGCUUGUUGAUCGUCUAUUCGGAAAAUCGCUUUCCAGAAGCGUACAUUCCCACCGUCUUUGAGAAUUACGUUCCUAUCGUGAGGUUCGAGGGCAAGGUGGUGGAAUUGGCAUUGUGGGAUACUGCGGGACAAGAAGAGUACGAUCGGCUCAGACCUUUGAGCUACCCGGAAAGCGAUAUCAUUCUCAUUUGCUUUGCCAUCGAUUACCCCACAAGUCUGGCAAAUGUGCAAGACAAGUGGUAUCCAGAGAUCAAUCAUUUCUGCGAGGGCGUGCCCAUCAUUCUAGUAGGGCUCAAGACGGAUCUUCGAAACGACGCGCACGCUCUAUCCAUGCUAGCAGCGCAAGGUACUCGACCCGUGACGCCCGAGCAAGGUCUAUCGGUCUCCAAAGAGAUUGGAGCAGCGAAAUACGUAGAGUGUUCGGCCAAGACGAGAAGAGGUGUGCAGGAGGUGUUCGAUGUGGCGCUUAGAGAAGCGCUCAGGAGCCGGUGGAGGAGAAAAGUGGGAGGCGCUUCGGGUGGAGUCAAUAAGAAAAAGUGCGUUAUCCUGUAAGGAGCUCUUGGCGGCGCGAAGCGGAGCAGGUCUCUCUCGCUCGCGAAAGAGAAGGAGAGCGGAGGGGAGACGUUCUUCUGAAUUACAUGUGCACCCGAUCAACUCGAGAGCGUAUCCCACUUUGUAGCGUACGGAAAGGAGUCGCGGUCAAGGCGCAACACGUCUCGACUGCUCGGUCAGCUCGACGCUGCCGUUGGGGGUAACGCGCUCUAGACAAGCUCCAAAGCGCUGCGCACGCACAUCGUCCCUCCUUUCCCCCUUUUCUCCUUCUUUUCCCCCCCUCCUCCUCCUCCGCACUAAUUUUUUGGUCUCCUGCUUACGAGCGAGCACGGAUCUCAUAGCUGUAAAUCGAGAUAGAUCCCCC